AUCCCCACCAACACCUUCAUCUCCAUCACCACCUUCACCAUCGCCCAAACCUCCAUCACCUUCGCUCCCAUCACCACCACCACCCUCACCUAAACCCACUCCACCUUCUCCUUCACCUCAAUCCAUAUGUAAGGCUGGUGAUAUAUAUUCGUAACUCCGACAACUCGACACUACUGAUUGUCAACUUUGUGAAGAUGAUUGUCAAGCUGAAUGUGUAUCAAUGGGUAGUACGUUAACUAAACAAGUAUGUGAGCAAGAAAUUGAUUCGUUAUUGUGCAAGUGUUGUUGUGCAGGCACUCCCACACCCCCAUCUCCACCACCAUCACCUUCAUCCCCACCAACACCUUCAUCUCCAUCACCACCACCACCCUCACCUACACCUACACCAGCUUCACCUCCAACUCAAUCCAUAUGUAAGGCUGGUGAUAUAUAUUCGGAGCUCCGAAAAUUCGACACUAGUGAUUGUCAACUUUGUGAAGAUGACUGUCAAGCUGAAUGUGUAUCAAUGGGUAGUACGUUAACUAAACAAGUAUGUGAGCAACAAACUUAUUCGUUAUUGUGCAAGUGUUGUUGUGCAGGCACUCCAUCAACCCCAUCUCCAUCACCAUCACCUCCAUCCCCACCUUCAUCUCUAUCUCCAUCUCCACCUUCACCACCGCCCCAACCUCCAUCACCUUCGCUCCCAUCACCACCUUCACCAUCGCCCCAACCUCCAUCACCUUCGCUCCAAUCACCACCACCACCCUCACCUACACCCACACCAGCUUCACCUCCACCUCAAUCCAUAUGUAAGGCUAGUGAUAUAUAUUCGGAGCUCCGACAAUUUGAAACUAGUGAUUGUCAACUUUGUGAAGAUGACUGUCAAGAUGAAUGUGUAUCAAUGGGUAGUACGUUAACUAAACAAGUAUGUGAGCAACAAACUGUUUCGUUAUUGUGCAAGUGUUGUUGUGCAGGCACUCCAUCACCCUCAUCUCCAUCACCAUCACCUCCAUCCCCACCAACACCUUCAUCUCCAUCUCCACCUUCACCAUCGCCCCAACCUCCAUCACCUUCGCUCCCAUCACCAUCACCACCACCACCACCCUCACCUACACCCACACCCCCUUCACCUCCACCUCAAUCGAUAUGUAAGUCUGGUGAUAUAUAUUCCGAGCUCCGACAAUUCGACACUAGUGAUUGUCAGUUUUGUGAAGAUGACUGUCAAGCUGAAUGUGUAUCAAUGGGUACUACGUUAACUAAACAAGUAUGUGAGAAAGAAACUGAUUCGUUAUUUUGUAAGUGUUGUUGUGCAGGAACUCCAUCACCCCCAUCUCCAUCCCCAUCACCUCCAUCCCCACCAACACCUUCAUCUCCAUCACCACCUUCACCAUCGCCCCAACCUCCAUCAACUUCGCUCCCAUCACCACCACCACCCUCACCUACACCCACACCUCCUUCACCUCCACCUCAAUCUAUAUGUAAGGCUGGUGGUAUAUAUUCGGAGCUCCGACAAUUGGACACUACUGAUUGUCAACUUUGUGAAGAUGACUGUCAUGCUGAAUGUGUAUCAAUGGGUAGUAUGUUAACUAAACAAGUAUGUGAGCAAGAAAAUGAUUCGUUAUUGUGCAAGUGUUGUUGUGCAGGCACUCCCUCACCCCCAUAUCCACCACCAUCACCUUCAUCCCCACCAACACCUUCAUCUCCAUCACCACCUUCACCAUCGCCCCAACCUCCAUCACCUUCGCUCCCAUCACCACCUCCACCCUCACCUACACCCACGCCCCCUUCACGUCCACCUCAAUCGAUAUGUAAGGCUGGUGGUAUAUAUUCGGAGCUCCGAAAAUUCGACACUACUGAUUGUCAACUUUGUGAAGAUGACUGUCAAGCUGAAUGUGUAUCAAUGGGUAGUACGUUAACUAAACAAGUAUGUGAGCAAGAAACUGAUUCGUUAUUGUGCAAGUGUUGUUGUGCAGGCACUCCCUCACCCCCAUCUCCAUCACCAUCAUCUCCAUCCCCACCAACACCUUCAUCUCCAUCACCACCUUCACCAUCGCCCCAACCUCCAUCACCUUCACUCCCAUCACCACCUCCACUCUCACCUACACCCACGCCCCCUUCACCUCCACCUCAAUCGAUAUGUAAGGCUGGUGAUAUAUAUUCGGAGCUCCGACAAUUCGAUACUACUGAUUGUCAACUUUGUGAAGAUGACUGUCAAGCUGAAUGUGUAUCAAUGGGUUGUACGUUAACUAAACAAGUAUGUGAGCAAGAAAUUGAUUCGUUAUUAUGCAAGUGUUGUUGUGCAGGCACUCUCUCACCCCCAUCUCCACCACCAUCACCUUCAUCCCCACCAACACCUUCAUCUCCAUCACCACCUUCACCAUCGCCCCGACCUCCAUCACCUUCGCUCCCAUCACCACCACCACCCUUACCUACACCCACACCCCCUUCUCCUCCGCCUCAAUCGAUAUGUAAGGCUGGUGAUAUAUAUUCGGAGCUCCGACAAUUCGACACUAGUGAUUGUCAACUUUGUGAAGAUGAUUGUCAAGCUGAAUAUGUAUCAAUGGGUAUUAAGUUAACUAAACAAGUAUGUGAUCAAGAAACUCAUUCGUUAUUAUGCAAAUGUUGCUGUGCAGGCACGCCACCAACCCCAUCACCGUCACCUCCUCCACCAACCCCAUCUCCAUCACCAUCACCAUCACCUCCAUCCUCUCCACCUCCUUCACCCAUGACCCCUCCCCAAUCACCACCCUCACCUUCGCCAUCACCACCACCACCUCCAAUAUGCCCAGAACCAUGUUGUCCAGCAGAGAUUGAAAUCCCAGUUCCAGGUCAAGAACCAUGUCGAUACGGAAUAUUACCACGAGCACCAAUGCCGUCCCUUCCACAUACUCCUGGUUCACUAUUAUUCGCAGCCAUAUAGUGAUCAACUAAUGGGUUCAUGGGAUUAAGUUAGAAAACCAAUGUGAUUCUAGUUCUAGUUAGAAUGAGCAGCUUUUACUUCCUUUAAGUUUUUUCGAAGCAGUUAGUACCUUCUGGGGUAUGCAUUAUUCUCCAUCGACUGAUGAAUUUGUGUUGAUGUCAAAUGGGUUGCGUCGAAUGUUGAACUAAAUAAGCACCUUUGUCCAUUUUCUUUAAUGAAAUAAAAAAUAGAUCUGGCUUCUGGUUGUCAUACUGAAUUUGGCCGAAAAGAAAAGGUUUUGAUCGUCAGACACCACUGAAAUGAAAAGAUCAAUGUCUUAACUAAUUACAUAAGAUUCUCCUGCAAGUGAUUCUGGUUCCUACUUCCUAGAAAUUAACUUUCGCGUUAGUUAUGAAUCCAGAUUUAGAUAUACACUCUUUGCAUUCACAGAUGCCAGUGGUUAUGAUUGUCAUACUGUAAGAAUGGCAGCUGACGCUAAACUCCCAGGGAUUGGCGCAACCACGUGAACCAGAUAGCGUUAAGGCACCAGGUUAACGAAGAUCUGAUUCUUGUGUGCAGGAGUCAAUGUUCAUGUUUAUAAGAUUGGGACGAGUGCUUUUUGUGUACUGAACGUUGGGUUACCAGAUUUAGUGCUACACUGUUGGCACAAUGGAUAGAUAUUUUCCUGCUGAUAGUGUAAAUUAUACUAUGGCAGAUAGUGUUUCAU